CACCCCACCUAUAUAUAUGGGCAUGCAUAAUAAAUGGCAUGCAAGUGCUAGCUAAUUAAUUCUUAGUGUUCAAAAGUUUGGAUGAAAUGAAAAUGGAGGGCACCUUAUUUUACCAACUUCUGCUAGCUGCAUUGUUUUCACUGGCAAUUCCAAUACUUUGUUCUUCAUCUUCCAAUACAAAGCAUUUUAAUUUCAAUGUUGAGUGGAAGAGUGUAACAAGACUUUGCCAUACAAAGCCAGUUUUGACGGUGAAUGGCAAGUUUCCGGGGCCAACCAUAGCUGUGUAUGAAGGGGACGAUGUCGAAGUAACGGUCACUAAUAGCGUUGCCAGAAAUACUACAAUCCAUUGGCAUGGAGUAAGGCAGGUAAGAACAGGGUGGGCAGAUGGACCCGCAUACAUAACACAAUGCCCAAUAGGAGCAGGCAAUACAUAUACUUACAAAUUCACUGUUUUGGAUCAAAGGGGCACUCUUUGGUGGCAUGCUCAUUUCUCUUGGCAACGUGCUUCUGUUUAUGGCGCUUUUAUCAUUCACCCAACCACUCCUUUUCCUUUCCAUUUCUCACUACCCCCAAUCCAUGCUCACAUUCCUCUCAUCUUUGGAGAAUGGUGGAAUAGAGACAUUGAAGUAGUGGAAAGGGAAAUGAACCUAUUUGGCGGUGGACCUAAUUCUUCAGAUGCCUACACCAUCAAUGGUUUACCUGGUCCAUUUUACCCUUGCUCCACCAAAGAUACAUUCAUCCAAACAGUUGAACCCGGCAAAACCUACCUCCUAAGAAUAAUCAACGCAGCGUUAAACGACGAGCUCUUCUUCGCCGUGGCUAACCACAGUUUAACCGUGGUCGAGAUCGAUGCCGUUUACACAAAGCCCUUCACGACAACCGCUAUAAUGCUUACACCUGGACAAACCACAAAUGUUCUACUAACUGCUGAUCAAAUAAUCCCUCAAGAUCAUUCAACGGAGGGCGUGUUUGUUAUGGCAGCUAGGCCUUAUCUCACUUCAAUUUUCCCAUUCAACAACUCCACCACAAUUGCUUUCUUGAAAUAUCAAACAAACAAGCCUUAUCCAACUAUGCCACCUCAUAACUACACUUUGCCUUUGAAUCUACCUGCAAUGGAAGACACCCCAUUUGCCACACAAUUCUCCAACAGCUUAAGAAGCCUUGCUUCACAAGAUUACCCAUGCAGAGUGCCUACAAAGAUCGAUAAACGGGUUUUUAUUACAAUCGGACUAAACCUUCAAGAUUGUCCUCAAAACCAGACAUGUCAAGGGUUCCGUGGCAAGAGAUUCUACGCUUCGAUGAACAACCAAUCUUUCGUGCGACCUUCUUUCUCCAUACUCGAAUCCCAUUAUCGCAAAUUCAAGAAUAACGGAAUUUCCUCCGAUUUUCCGGAGAAGCCGCCGUAUGUUUUCAACUACACCGGCGUGAAUCCGGUGACGGAAAAUAUGAACACCGUUUUCGGCACGAAGUUGCUACAAGUGUCGUUUGGCACGAGACUUGAAAUCGUGCUCCAAGAUACGAAUUUCUUGAACCCGGAGAAUCAUCCGAUCCAUGUGCACGGACACAAUUUCUUCAUUGUGGGGAGAGGGUUCGGGAAUUUCGACGAUGACAAGGAUCCGGUAGAGUACAAUGUGGUGGAUCCGCCAGAGAGGAACACGGUGGGGGUUCCGGUGGGGGGAUGGGCGGCGAUACGGCUGAUUGCCGAUAAUCCGGGGGUGUGGUUCGUACACUGUCAUCUUGAGGAACAUACGUCGUGGGGUUUGGCUAUGGGAUUCAUUGUGAAAAGUGGAAAGGAGCCUUCUCAGUGCCUACUUCCGCCUCCGAGUGAUUUACCCCCUUGUUGAACCUAAUUUGUUUUUUUCGAUAUCGAAAUCACAUCUGAUAGAUUAUUCAUUGAGAUCCAUUUUCUUAUUUAAUUUGAUUUGUAGAGUUUCUUCAUUGAUCUUUUAAAGGGUUAUUUGGAAUCGGGAUUCGGCUCGAUGGCUUUAAUUUGUCAACUAUCAAGCCCAUGAUUAGUUAAAAUGAUUCAUGAUUUUAAUCAA